AUGGAAGAUGUCAAACAUGACGUGGACAGUGCAACGAAAAGGGAGGAGAGGCAAAGAAAGGAGGAGGAGGAGGAGGAUCCGGUCCAGCCGAGGGAGCACCAACCGCCCAAUAUCUCGCCUAUGGAGCCCGUCACCAGGGAAGCCUACGGCGGGGGAAUGUACGGCACGGAGGCGGGACAGCCGCAGAAGCCCAGAAACCCACCGGCCAGCGACACGCAGAGCGCCGAUGGGCCGGCUGAACCGGCGGUCAAGCCAAAGCAUAAGCCGCCGCCGUCAACCGGAGACCGUGACGUUGAUAUCACCGGCCAAUCUUAUAUUCAGUGA